AGGACUUUAACAAGUCUCAUUUCUUACUCCAUUGUCACUUGAAACCACUUAAAGCCCUCACACAAUUAACUGAUAGUUUGCCCGUCUGUUGUCCAGGAAGGCCUUCCAGCAGUGCCACAUAAAUUUCUAAAUAAGUGUAUAAAAGGACCGAGGAAAGCAUCCAGUAUAUCAACCCCCUCAUCAAAGGAGACAUGCUGCUCCAAGAGGGCCGGGAACUGAAGAGAUAAGGACACGGGCUUCCCUGUGACCUCAUUGUGUUCUCCCAGGACUUCAACAGUGUCUGCUGCCAAUGCAUGCAAGGGAUGUAGUUUCUCACAAUGUUUCCAAUCCACAGAAGAGGGUCAAGAGAGGAGGAGACCAAGAACUUCUCAGGCCAAGGUGCCUUCUGCCCGCUCACCUGCCUCAUCUGGUCUCCAUGGGAGGAAACACCUUGUCUGGAGGUCUCUGUAGGUAAAAAACCUCAAGGGGGAAGAAAUGUUCAACAAGGAAGCAUUGCAGGGAAAGUGAACCAGCUCAUCACUCUGGCUGGACACAUAAAAAGUCAGGCCCCACACGGGAAACGCAGGCCUCCACCAAGACACCAUCUCCAAAUACAGUCACAUUGGGGCUUAGUACUUCAACAUAUGAAUCCGAAGGAGGGACACAGUUCAGUCCUUAACACAGUGCUUUAUGGAUUGUAUCUGCAUCGUCCAUCUUAUCACCACCCAAAUCCAGCACCUGAAUUGAGAUUCCCAUGUGAUAUGCAGCAUGGUCAGAAAAAAGGAAACCAGAUGAAACACCCAGCCCUUCAAGUGAUGCCCAAUUUUCCGGGAUGCUCGCUGUUGCUGUGUCCAGCCUGCUCUGCCCCCGGUCUUCUCCAUCUCAGCAACGGCACUGCCAUUCUCCAAGUGUUCCUCACCCCAGACUUCAGGCCCUGUGGGCAACUGAGGAACUUCUGCCAGAACAUGAACCCCUGGGUUUCCACGCCUUUUUAG